CAAUCAUGCUGGGGUUGCUCUUUCGAGGGGUGUUCCUCAUCGGCAUACUCACCUGGUACAGCACCAGCGUGUGGAAAUUGAUCGACAGCUACUUCAGGGACCAAUUCCGCAGCUACUUGGAGGAGGAGUACCGCAAGAAUCCACGGAUGAAGUCCGACGUGCACGGUGCCUCUGUCGGUAAAACCGAUCCCGUCGCAGCUACUUUACCACCCGAGGCGACGGUGGAGCCGUCGCGGGACUUGGACGAACUCUCCGUGGCGAACGUCGACGCGGUCGUAGCUGCAGAAAACGAUCCAGCGAUCGUCGAACCGGAGAGGAAGGAGGAGAUGACAGGUGGCACUAGUGAAAACGAAGGGGAAACCACCGAUAAAAAUGCAUUCCUGGCAACCGUCGCGGAAUCGGAGCUGGAAAGUAGGAAGUCGAGCGACGGCGAACAAGAAUCUCGACGACCCGUUAAUCACGACGACCGUGACCUCGAACAAGAGAAGAGGAACGACGAACGUCCAUCGGUCUCUACGGUGUCUAAGAGGCCCAGGAAGAGGGCCAGGUACGAUAAGAGGGCCGGUUCUAGGGACAUGUCGCGGGACAAGCGUGCACCAAGAUCGAGAAAGGUGAGGACCAUCACGCUCACCGAGGAGGAUUUCGUCUCAGCCGCGAACAAUGACGUCUCGGACGAUGACUUCUGGGAAUUCGAGGAAGACGCGACCGAGAAGGAACGGUUGGAGGGAAUUUUGGUUUCGGAGUUGCCGUUCAAACCGAAGCUGGAUUUGGGGGACCUGAAGAGAGUCACCGCGGACGAGUACUGUCCCCUGACCUUGGAAGACGAAGCGACUUGCGGGGACACCUACACGUGGCCUUGAAGACUAUGAUUAGCCCUACGUGGCUAGGUAGGACGGAGUGCUGGAUUCUACUGAUCGUAUUUAACACUAGAAGCUUUAGUGUUUUAAUUUGAAACCACUAAACCUAUAAACUUGACCUUGAACUAACCCAUUUGUUCUAUGCUUAACAUCUUGAGGGAUACUGAUACUUACGUUUACUUUUGUUCAAAAAUUAUCGUUAAUUACGACGACGAUACCUUUUAGGGGUUUUCAGGUAAACAUUGCUUCGGUUUGAGUACAUUCGAUGAGAGCAAAUAAUUGAUUUAAUAAAAAAAAUAUACCAUGACGAUGAAUGACGCGGUUAUUCGAGUACUGUUUGAAUACAGAAAAAUUAAACAAGUUCCAGCCCUAAUAAAGGCUCUAUGAUCAGGCAGUACGAAGAGGGGGUUAACGAUCUUAGUCAAGUUGCAACAGUGUGUCCUUGAUCGAUCUCGUUGCACGAGUCCUGGCACUACCGUGCAGUAAUUUGUCUGGGUGACUAAGUCGCGUACAUUCCACUUUCCCUCUUUUUGAAUUUUACAACAGUUUCGAAGGUUGCUACUUGUGUUCUUACUCAACAAUUGUGGAACAUUGCCUUUUCACACUUUCGAGGUCGACCUUAACGCUCCUGAACGUCGGGAUCGAAAUCACCCUCAUUGAAUCGCAAAAAGGAAACUUUGCAUGCGUCACGUGACAUGGCAAUGUUGUUGAUGAACGAACAAAUCAUUUUUGAACAUCUAUCUAAACAAUCGUCCCUUUCUGAAAUUUAUAAAGAAUAUACUAACUAGACUGAGGAUAUUUAUGUAUUUAUGGUUAGUGAAAAUAUGGGAAAAUGUAUGAGGAUGUGCAUAAAUCCAAAAAUAUAUAAAAUAUUAAGAAUAGAACAUAUGCUACACUGUUUAAAGGAUAAGAUUUCAUUUAAAUCUCAAUUCUAUAUCUGAAUUGGCAUAAACCAGAAUUCGUAGUCUUGUAAUAACGAGUAUGCUUCUUAUUUGUAGCCAUCUUUUUGAUCAAUAUUGUAUGUUUAUAUUAGUUGCAUAGAAUAAUUAUACAUGUUGUUUUAAAUAAAACUAUAUUCGGAAGUUACAUUAAAUUUGGGCUAAUCUCAUUUUAUGAACAAUCUCUGCUAAUAAUUUUAAUACGAGUAACUAGUAUACUAACUUAUUUCCAAGCUUGAUAGGUGCCCUUCGAAGGUACAUUGACGUAAGAUAUAAUUAUAUCUGUACAAAUCUACCAAUUUCAUGAAUUACACGCUAAAACUUUAUCAAGGUAACCAAAAGAUAUAAUUUUAUAAAGAAACUUGGAUAAUUACGUACAAUACUAAUGACCUCGGCGGUUUCAAUUAUCUUAAAUUGUGGUAAAAGAGAGAGGUUACGAGUGUUUCACUGACAAAUAUGGUAACUGUCCCAGUAAUCGAAGUAAUUUAAAAAAAAAAAAAAAACUAGAAAAAAGUAGAAAGUAUCAAUGCAAACGACAAUUUUCUAAAUAUAUUAUCUAAUUUUGCUACUACACCAACAAACUAAAGAAGUGAUCCCGAAUAAAACCAUAGAGUAGCGAUUUAUUCGUAAUGCUUAUUUAAGUGAACAGUUACGUUUGCACUUACUCGCUGUACAACAUUUCAUUCGAUAGUUCUAAUCGCAAUUUCUACUAGAAAAGAAAAAAAUAACGAAUAAAGAAAUCCUCGAUUUCUUAGCCAUUAUUCGAUGUUUUUAUCUACACAAUAAUUGUGCCCAUCUCUGAUUACAAGGCACGUACAGUGCUUUCCUUAAAAAAGUAAAUAUUCGUAAGUAGGACGAUAUUGCUCGAUUAAGGUCACGGUUUGGAAGAGAGUUGCCCUUCGACCUGGAAAAUGGCACCUCGUACAGGGGAAACUAUCAAGUUGCCGUGAAAGUAUAGAGAAAUUGGAAUAUAUGAUUUCUAUGCAAGUUUACGAUUACCGAGGAAAUUGAAUCGCAGUGAGAGGACGAGCGGAGUAAAAGUUUUCGCUCGUAUUAUAUCUUGUCCAUUUGGGUUGCUGCAGUUCUUCGGUUGAUAACGUAUCAUGCUUCCGUGCAUUAAGAUAUUGUCCGCCAGUUAAAAUUACUCUUACAUUUCGACUCCGUUAUUAUUUUACUCUCGCGAUAACACCGUACUAGCCAUUACGAAUCGUACUCAAGUAAACAAUAGUCGAUGCCACUAGACAACUGUGUUAACUACGGUGUCGCGUACUAUUUUAUAAUGAUAAUUCCGUAUGCUGCUUGUUAUAAAAACGUUAAAAUUUUUUAUUAAAGGCUUCGACCGAGAGAUUUUUUGGACCUCUGUAAAAACUAGGAAAAUGUUUGGUUCUAUAAAAUGAGAAACGAUAAAUACUUUGAGAAGUGCUACGACGACGUUAUGAAAGCUUCAGGAUAGAAUUAGUACAAAAUUAGAAGGAAAAUGUAGAAAAUUAUUUCCAUUGGUGUAAAGCUAUUGGAAAUAUGAAAAUAUAAUUAUAAUAAUAAGAAAGUAUUUUUUCAAGUACACUUUACUUGCUUUAAAAUAUACUUAAUCACUUCGGGUCAUCUUUCUAUUUCACGGUAUACUAACCUCUAAUCUUUACCGUUCUUUUUAUCUCUUCAUCUAUGUUUGUACAAACAGUCCGCACCCUUUCAGUUACUAUUAAUAUGUAAAUAUCUGGAAGGGGCUCCAUGUAAGAAGGCUGAAACAUCGUUUCUAAUUAAAGGCUUCGCGUAUUAACGAGGAAUACGGCUGCAUUCGACGAAAAAACAUGAGAUUACACUUGUACUGGACUAAAUUUACACAAUAAUUAAGCGUGAGUUCUCAAGAAAUAAUCACUAUCAUUUUAGUAGCAGGACCUAUCUAUAAAUAGUUAGUUCCCUUGUAAUAAUAAUGCAAUUGUAUUUAAUCGUAUUCUAUAGAUAUUUCAUCGAAGAAUUUUUAAUCUAAAAAUUGUCAAUUAUCUGCGUGGUAUUAAAAUAUUUACAUAAAUAUUAUUUUUCUGAAUUUUAUAUUAAAAUGCUCUAUUCUA